AGUGUGGAAGCAGAGGAGGACAGUCAGGGCAGAGAAGCCGAUCUCCAGGAGAGCUGGACUAUCCACAGACCAAUGGAGACAGGUGUGUCUGAUGUGACGCCAGCGGGCUGGCUCAGGGAAUACAACUUCAAUACAAUGUAGACACCGAAAAACCAGACGGAAAAAAAGAGUCUGAGCGCAGAGCACGACAGAGGGAGGGCGAGUCCGAGGAGGAGGAGGAACGACAGCUGUGCAGAAACAACAGAAGAUAAGAAGUGAAAGAAGGAAGCGGCAGACUGUGAAUCAUUGACUUUGUGAACCUUGUGUUUACAGCGCUGUCACUUUACUCCUUCCCAUUCAUUUGCUCUCACAUCUCCGCCUCAGAAGGAUCACAACGCUUGGCUCCUCGGGUCUUUUGAAGGCCUCUGACCCCCCUCGCCUCACCUUUUCACCUCGCAGCGCCGUGAGACUCCAGCCGCCCGUCAGCAUGUGCCAUGUGAUCGUCACCUGCCGCUCCAUGCUGUGGACCCUGCUGAGCAUCGUGGCGGCAUUCGGGGAGCUCAUCGCCUUCAUGAGCACCGACUGGCUGGUGGGAUUCCCCCGCACGCCGGACUCCGUCUUCGGGCACCACGGGGCGACCGCGGCCGGCGAGGCCUACAGACCCACUUUAGGCAUCUACGGGCGCUGUAUAAAACUGCCCCACAUGCAGCGCGGAAUACUGUGUGGACCGUACGCCAUUCACUUCGGGGAGAUUGCCAGCGGGUUCUGGCAGGCGACUUCCAUCUUCUUGGCGGCGGGGAUCCUGCUGCUGUGCGCCGUGGCAUUUAUCUCAGUAUUCACCAUGUGCUUCCAGAGCAUCAUGAAGAAGAGCAUCUUCAACGUGUGUGGACUGCUGCAAGGGAUCGCAGGUCUGUUUCUCAUCCUGGGUCUGAUGCUGUACCCCGCCGGCUGGGGUUCAGAUAAGGUCCAGCUGUACUGCGGCCAUGACGCCGCUCCGUACCGGGCGGGGCUGUGCUCCAUGGGCUGGGCCUUCUACACCGCCAUGGGGGGCACCGUGCUCACCUUCGUGUGCGCCGUCUUCUCCGCGCAGGCCGAGAUCGCCACGUCCAGCGACAAGGUUCAGGAGGAGAUCGAGGAGGGGAAGAGCCUCAUCUGCCUCCUCUGAAACUCUGAUCACUUAGAAGAACAGAAGAAGGCGUUAAAACACUCAAGCAAAUGGAGGUCGCUGCAUUGUUUACCACUAAAACCGACUCUUCUUUUUGUCUACUUUUUUUGUGUGUGGGAGAAAUCUACAAGUGCCAAGUUUCUUCUCAGUGUCGUCGUCUUUCUGCCACUAGAGGUGCUGUGUUUGUAUCCGUGUUAGCCGUGUGGACUCCCCCCCCCAAAAGGGCUCCACAUGCUCUGUAAAUAAGUGUGAUUAUAUAUAUUUUGUACAUAUUGCUGAAUGAUUGGUAAGCUUGAUCCGGUUCUGGUGCUGGUGAUGUCAAUCUUGCCUUAAAAAAACACGACCAGCGAACCUAGAUGUAAGCCACAAGUGAGUGUUAAAUAACUCGUCAAGGGAACCACUACUCAGCCAGAAUAAACUACUCGCAGAAUCAGAGUGGCUGUCCUUUAAAAAAAUAAAAAAAGCUUACAGAAUGUACUGUGGAUUGAAUGAUUUUAUGUGUGUGUAGACCCUUGAAAUGUAUCGAUGGGGAUUGUUUUUUUUCCACACAGACUGCACAAGGACAAGCGAAAAACAAAAAAACAAAAAAAAACAAGGGUCCUGAAUCCUGAAAUGAAGUGAGCUGAAUCCUUACUGGAGCUGAAAGCUGAUCUGUGAAUGGUCUGCGCCUUUGUCCUCCAUCAGCAGACAGCCUGUAAUCUCUCUGCACAAAGACUCGGGACUGAAUGAUGAGGACACACAAAAUGAAGUAUUGCUGUUAUUAGUAACGUCUGGUUUCAGGGAGUGUGUAGAGUCAUAGAUAGUGUCCUAUCUGUUCCCAUUUGUUUCUGCCAAAUGAAUAAAGAAAAGGGAAUGAAUAAGGA